UAAUAAAAAAUUAUAAAUUCGUUUAUAAAAAAUACAACUUUUUAGAAAACGACAAUGGCGUUCCAGUUUCUUGGAUACGAUGCGGAAAUGGCCCAACAACGACAAGGAGCAAGGAGUUUUGCAGCAGAACGCGCUCUACUAAGAGAAGUGGACAGCCCCUUUGAUUUGGACGAGGGCCAAUUUAAAAGGUUAUACCGGCUGACCCCCAAUCUUGUUUAUGAAAUCAUAGACAAAAUUGGCAGUCGUCUUGAAAGAAAAUAUGUAUCAGCAUUAUCGGCUGAAAAACAGGUGCUUGCAGCGCUUCGUUUUUAUGCGACCGGCUGCUACCAACGGCCAGUGGGAGAGCAAUGGGGACUCUCAAUGAGUCAGUCUUCCAUUAGUCGUUCAAUUCAUAGGGUAACUGAUGCCAUAAAUGAAACUAUGUUUAUGGAAAACGUACGUUACCCGAUGACGGUAGUUGAACGACAGGUUGCUCGAAGUAUUUUUUCAGCAGCGCGUGAGCCUCUUGAUGGCGCUAUUGGUGCAAUUGAUUGCACGCACAUAGCAGUUAUCGGGCCAAAAGAUCAUGAGGAGGCAUACAUUAAUCAUCACGGCUAUCACUCGAUAAACGUUCAAAUGGUGUGUGAUCCGAACCUCAAAAUUUUGAAUGUAAAUGCGAGAUUUCCCGGUGCACGUCAUGAUGCAUAUAUAUGGAAUGCAUCCGCUGUUCCGAGAGCAAUGAAGCGAGCGUAUGAUCGGGGAGACCAUAACACAUUUUUAAUAGGAGACUUGGGUUACCCAUUAGAGCCAUGGCUGAUGACACCUCUAUCAAACCAGAGAGAAGGUUCACCGCAAUUUCGAUACAAUGAGGCUUUAUGUAAAGCAAGGAACUGUGUCGAACGACUAUUUGGAGUUUUGAAGGGAACAUGGCGAUGCCUUUCGAAGCAGCGAGUACUUAUGUACGAGCCAGGCUUCGCUGGCAGGAUUGUAAACUCCUGCGCAGCUCUGCAUAAUAUGCGACUCAACACAGUUGAAAACAACAGCGAUAUACAAAGUGAAGAUCAAAUUGUGGAAGCAGUUUUAGAAGAAGAUUGGGAAGAAUCCAUUCACCCAUCAGCUCUCGCCAAGAGAAUGCAUGAGCGCCUUAUAGCUGCUAAAUUUACUUAGAAAAAAUCAACUAAUAAAUAUUUAUCACAUACAUACAAACAUACAUAUGUGCUUUUUAUUAUUACAUUUUAUUUAUUACACCACUUAGGCAAAGGUUUUGAUAGUUGAUCUUGCUUAAUUGCGGCAUUCUAAAUUCAAUGGAUUCUCCCGUUCUAUCAGAUUGGCUCCAGUUUUCGAGAUAACGGUACUUGAAAAUUUGCUUAAAUUGUUUCUAAAUAACACUUAGUGUUUGUGUUAUUUUA